CCCAUGCAGAGAUCUGACUCUGGCACAAGGGUUCUGUAACUUUGUUUCCCUUGGGACAGAGUCCACUUGCUUUAGCCAGGCUACUAAGGUCUAAGGAAAUUGACUCAAGCUGUUCUUGCUGUGCUCCCACCUCAGGCUCUAGCCGUUGUGGGACCCUCUCCCCUCCUGCAUCUGCAGCUUCCUGUUGCCUGUUGCAGCACAGUUGUUCUUGACCGAACUGCUGGACUGAACACCACAAAUGAAUGCAAGUCUCACCUCACUUGGUUUGCGGACCGGAAACCUCGAAGCUUGGCCCCUUGCUGAUCCUAAGGGUUGGCCCCUAGGUGGGGUGAAGCGUCUUGUCUCUCGCCUUUGCUCCGGCUCCGGCUGCAGGAUGAACUGUCGAUCAGAAGUGCUGGAGGUGUCGGUGGAGGGGCGGCAGGUGGAGGAGGCCAUGCUGGCCGUGCUGCACACGGUGCUGCUUCACCGCAGCACAGGCAAGUUUCACUACAAGAAGGAGGGCACGUACUCCAUCGGCACCGUGGGCAUCCAGGAUGUAGACUGUGACUUCAUCGACUUCACAUAUGUGCGUGUCUCCUCCGAGGAGCUGGACCGCGCCUUGCGCAAGGUUGUUGGGGAAUUCAAGGAUGCACUGCGGAACUCAGGUGGCGAUGGGCUGGGCCAGAUGUCCUUGGAAUUCUACCAGAAGAAGAAGUCUCGCUGGCCUUUUUCGGAUGAGUGCAUCCCCUGGGAGGUGUGGACUGUCAAGGUGCACGUGGUAGCCCUGGCCACAGAGCAGGAGCGGCAGAUCUGCAGAGAGAAGGUGGGCGAGAAGCUGUGUGAGAAGAUUAUCAACAUCGUGGAGGUGAUGAGCCGGCAUGAGUACCUGCCCAAGAUGCCCACUCAGUCAGAGCUGGACAACGUGUUUGACACGGGCUUGCGGGACGUGCAGCCCUACCUCUACAAGAUCUCCUUUCAGAUCACCGAGGCCCUGGGCACCUCAGUCACCACCACUAUGCGCAGGCUCAUCAAAGACACCCUUGCCCUAUAGGCCUUGCCGGGCCUUGGCAGCUCCUUAAUGGUUCUGGAGUGGGUUGCUGGGAUCUCAGGGCUCUGGAACCUGCUCUGGAUCCUUGGUGAGACUUGAAGAGGAGCUCUUGGUGUCCUUGUUUUGUGGUUGCCAGCCUCUGGUGACCCUGUCACCUUUGCAGUGGUCUGGUCCUGGGUGUAGCCUUUGCGCCUGCUCUGGUGGGCUUUGCUUUCUACACUGUACAGAUCUCCUGUGAGGGUGCGGAAUAAAGUUGAGGUGUGAGUUCGU